UCUGCGGAGCAUUGAUUUGCGUGUUUGUUCUGUGCUUUUGACUGUUAAAAUGUGUUUGUUUUGUAAUUAAACUGCAUUAGUUUCGUGCUUUGAACAAAAAAUAUUUAUACUAGAAUUCGUUUGAAAAUCUUCGAAAAAAAAGUGAACACGGAACUCGUCUGAAUGAAGUGAAAAGUGACAAAUGAAAGGCGUGGGUACUACCAAUACUAGAAAAUAGAAGCAAACCAAGAGAUUAAGCGUGUCCUGUAUGUACAUAUGUGUGCGUGUGCGCCUUUAAGAUUUUGCUCAUGUGCCCAUUUUUAUUGUUGUUCUAAUUGCCAACAAAAAACAAUAAAUAAAAAACAAACGCGACAAUUAAUUGCAGAUCGGAUUCAAAAAUGUGUUCAAUGUGAAUAAAAUGAUAACGGUACACACACACGCACACAAACACUGCCAACAGCAAAUCUUCGCCGACAUCGCAGCCGCACCUACGUACAUAUAUGUCGAUAUGUGUGUGUGUGUAUUAUAGUGGGUGUAGGUGUACGUAGUUAAAAGAAAAAUAAAAUAAAAUAAAAUAAAAGUGAUAAGCGGCAGCAUUAAUGCUAUAGCAAAGCAAUUAAAUAAAGAAUUGUUUAAAUAAAUAAUCAAAUUGUACAAGGCAAAUACCAAUACACACUCAGCAGGAGCAGCAGCACCACCAACAUAUGUACGUAUGUACACACACACACUCACACCUACAUACACCACGAAAAAAGGCAUAGAGAGCCGAGCCAAAGAGUGAGAGAGAGAAAGCACGGUGCCAAAAAGGAACGUCAAAAGGAAGAAGCAGCAGUAGAGCAGCACACAGCAUCGGCGCGUUGCGGGAAGAUUGAAAAUAAACGUGUAGUAGAGAAUUUUUGAAGCACACUCCACACGCCCACCAACCAACCGCCCACUGCCGCCGUUCUCCCCAGCGAGUGCCCUCUCACCGCCACCGCUACCGCCAACGCUGUGCGGACAUACAUACAGACAAACACUCACACACUUACGCAGACAUACAUACAAACAGAGACUCGUAUGCGCGAAAAGUGUAAGCCGUGCACAGUUGUUGUUGGUGUUGCUGUUCCUGUUAGCCGCCGCCGCCAAAGGACGACAGACGCGACGGCGACGACGACGACGACAACGCCAACGACCACGUCGACAACGACGACGCAGAGGCAGAGGCAGAGUCAGAGGACGUGUUGUUGUUGCCGUUGAAGCCAACGCAAAUGGCAGACCCUCUAAGCGGGCCCUGCUUUUGAGACAUGUCGUAAUGGCCAGAGAGGAGUCUCGCGGCAAGCGACCACUGAAAAUUUGGGAUAGUUGGCGGAAUGUGCGCAAAGGCGUCGUAGUUGGUACAUUUGAGGAGCUAUUGGUGCGCGGCAAGGACAAAUUGGGGGUUCCUGCUUCAGAACCCGUGCGCGUUGUUCUGGAGUGUGAUGGAACCCAAAUUGAGGAUGGCGAAUACUUUCGCACCCUGGCCAACAAUACGGUACUCUUGCUGUUGAGGCAGGGCGAACGAUGGUAUCCCACGGGUGUGGAUGUCAUAAAGGCUGCUAUAUCAGCUAUACCGAAAAUCGUCUGUGAGACGAUCCAUGCACUGGAACUGCACGAUGAGACACCAUCUUGGAAGAUUAUGGAUAAUAAAGGGCGUGUCACGGUCGUACUGCACUGGGAUCAGCGCCAGGGUGGCGGUGGAGGAGGCGGCGGCGGCGGCGGAGGAGGAGGUGGUGGUGGUGGAGGAGGCGGCGGCAUGUGCAUGGGCGCCGGCCUGGGCAGCAGCAAUGGACUGCUGUCAUCGGACAAGUACUCGCCCUCGAAGAAGGGACUCUCUGCGCAAAGUUCGCUGGAUAACAAAUCGGUGUCGUCGCAGUCCUCACAGCCGCGCUAUGCCAGCCCACAAAUAACGGUCAUCAGCGACGAGGGCCCGGCGAGCAUUUACCAUCCGGGCGGCGUUGUCCUGCCGCCAGGCGUUGUGAUACCCGGCAGCAAUCGCCGUCUCUCCAAGCAGGGCGGCUCCUUUGAUAGCGCCGUCGGCGCGGUACAUGUGCAUACGCCCGAGUGCGCCCAUCAUGCGCACACGCCCAGCCGGGCGGGCAGCCCCAGCACCACGGAGUGCGACUUCCAUUGCUGUGCCCUGCACGAGGAGGGCCGCAAGAUAGCCGUGCACAAGAGCGUCGCCACCUCGCCCAUACAGGACGGCAGCAGCAGUCCGCAGCAGCAGCAGCUGCAGGCGCAUCAGGCGACGCUGGCGAUGUCCUCAUCGGUUAUGGAUCCUAUGCUGGGCGGCAGCGGCAGCAACAGCGGCAGCAUGCAGCGUCGCUCGUCGGGCGCCAAGGGUCAUGUGCGCUUCCUGGACAUUGCACCGGAGCGCGACAGCUCCGAGAGCGAAACGGAGAACACGGUGAUGGAGGAUGAUAAGACGACGACGGAGAAAUUUCUGUUGCUCAUCGAUCAGCUGUCUGUCGAUCAGAAGCGCCAUCUCAGCAUCAAGGAUAUCGGCAUCAUACUGGAACGCCUCAAUUCCAAGAUACUGGACGUGGAGCGUCUGGAUCGUGAGUCCGAGUCGGAUGAUUGUUAUAACUGGACGAUAAAGGCGACAAUACGCGGCGAUGCGCUGCGCGAACUGGGCGUCAUCUACAAUGGCAACUACUAUGCCAUAUCCGAGCAUCCUGGCUACAAGGAGGAGCUCGAGGAGAACGGCGAGGAGGUCGAGGAGGAGGACGAAGAGGAUAGAAUUUAAACGAAAAAACAAAAACUAACAAACAAACAUUUAUUAACAAAUUCCAAAAGUGGAGAAACGAUGAUAAAAAGGUAUCAAUAAUUAGCGCAUUUUUAGACACGACACGCGCAGCGGCAACUGGCCACGCCCCGAACGCCCUCACACACAAACACACACACACACUUAUAAAAGAAAACCUAUUAUGAAUUAUAAAAGAAUUAAGUAAAACCAAAGAAACAAAAACAACGGCAACCGCACAUUGUACAAUAGUGAAGUAAGCAACAAAGUGGAUAACAAAAAAAAAAAACACACACACACAAAACGAAACAGAAAUUAACAUAAAGGAUAACAAGGAUGAUAACAAAUUCAGAAGCCAAUAGGAACGAAACGUUUUUCGUAGCAUUUAGCGAAUUUGUCAUUUGGCCGGGAAAACAACAAGUUGUAAGCGAUUCGAUUAACGAACCGAUAAUAAGCACAUAAAUUAACAAAAAAGGUAUUUCUGUUAUUGAUUUUUUAUUAUUAUUAUUAUUACUAUAAUUAUCGCUAUAUUUAUUAUGAUUGUUGUUAACGUUGAUUCAUUUGUGUGCCAAACAGCCUAGCGCAUGCCUUAUUUAGUUGUAAAAAUCAACAAAAAAGCCCCUAAAACAAACCAUUUCUCAGCUGUCAAAGUCGGGCACUUAAAUGCUCCGAUUGUUAACUAACUAAACAUCUGCUUGGCACUGGAUAAGGUACAGUGAAGGGUCUCAGAACGAACAACUGACGAGUUUUAGUUCUUUUUUAACACAAUAGCCAUAGCUGAAGCUGAGAGAAGUACAACUUUUCCUUUAUAUAACAAAUAGACUUUUUAAUUUUGUGCCAUAUUAGUUUCUAAGUUUUUAAAUAAUAUGCAGAGGAAUAUAUGUUAAAUUCUAGUUAAUUGUUUAGCAAAUAUGUUUUCAAGGAAUAACCUGUUAUUUUCAGGACAUAUCUUUUAAACGAACAACUCGAGUUCGUAGUUGUUCGCUCUAGCGAGCUUUCACUGUACAUAUAUCUAACUGUAGCAGAGUCCAAAUUCAAACGUGCCAAUGUAUGUGUAUAUAUAUCACUAUAUGCAUAUGUAUGUGCAUACUUUUGUGUAGUUCCUCAGUUGUAUUCCUUAAAGAGCACAUUGGUAUAUUCUCUAUAGAAAAACGAACCCAAUUUACUUGCAGUUGCUUUCCAUGGCUUCCAUAUAUGUUGUUGUUUCCUAACAUUCUAUUAGGCUAUUAUAAGUAUAAAACAAAACAAAAAAGAAACGAAACAAAGAAUAUAAAAAUGAAAAACAUAAGGUUAAACUUUCCCUCUCGAAUCAGCAUUUCAAAACUGCCGUUAUUUGUAGUGUUGUAAAACGUUAACAUAACAGUCGCGUACAGCCCCAGCCCCAAAAUGGGUAACACUUUUGGCAUUAAUCAUACUCCAAAUGUAAAUGGAAAUGAUGCGAAUGCGAAUGAUGAUAAUGAAAAUUCAAACAAUGAUCGUCUGGCUUAAUGAUGAUUACGUAAUUAACUGUAGUUAUAUACAUAACAUUGUAGUAACUAAAUCAAGACGAUGACGAAGAAGUUGAUGAUGAUUAAGAAAACCUAAAGAAAUCAUCAGACAUUUUAUAGCAAUGAAAACACACACACACACACACACCCAUACCGCACACACACCACUAUACCCAAACUUUUAUGUUCCUCUUUUAAUAUCAGCGAUGCGAGCAUUGUGUAAUUAGAGUUUAUAAAGUAUGUCUAAAAGCCAAACUAACAUUAACAUAUUACAUACAAAUGAAACACUGCCAAAAAUGAAAAAAUGAAACAAAACAAAAAAAAAACAAAAUGAAGAAAAACUUGCAUUUCUUAUGUUAAAUUGUUAAACAAUAAUGAAAAUUCCCCCCCUAAUUCGUUUGGAUCGCAAUUCCAUGAACUAUUGUAAUUGGGUUAAGAUAAUUGGAAAAGAUGCACAACAACAAAGAUAAGAAAACCCCUUUGAAUAUUGUUGUGUAAAAUUGUACAAAUUCUUCGGCGCAGCUCACAACUCUGGUCAUAUAUAUGUUUAUAUAUACAUAUGUAUGUCAAGUGCCCCGAUAAGCUUAUAUAUAUAUAAUAUCUCUGCUCAAACCCCGACCACCUUUCAAUCAACUAUGAAAAUAGCUAUAGAUAGGGUAUUUCCGUUCGGCUUAUCAGCUCUUCAGCUGCUCAGCUCCUCCUACACCUCUCUCUCCCCUCGUUGCCCCCCGUCGUCUGAUUGUGCUUGGAAUUAAAUGAAUUUUCACCCUUUCCCCCAAAUUCCUUACCUCGACACGCAUUGGGACAGAACAGAUUAAUGCUCAACAAGAAUUUUGGAAAGCAAGCGUUUGUCCAAGGCACAAAUUAAAUGGAAAUCAAAUCGAUAAUUGAUUACAAAUGAUAAUAAAUACAAAGAGUUAUAGCAGAGAAAUAAAAAACCAAAAACGAAGCUCACAAUUAGCAAAAAAAAAAACAAAUGAAAAAACGAAUUCAUUAGCGUUGUUUUAAUUUAUUAGUAAGUCAAGAAAAAAAAACACACAACAAAUAAGAAUGAAGUAAAUAAAAAAAGCGAAACGUGCAACAAGAAUGAUAUAUGAUAUAAGCCGCAGAGUACAGUUUGGGAGUCAUGAUUAAAUAGAGAAGAAGAAGUCAAGUGCUGCAGUGCACAAUUAUAAAUAUACAUAUAUAAACAAAUUAAAAGAAAAACAAAAAAGCAAAAAAAAACCUAUACAUACUCAAAAUACAAUGCAUUACAUACAUAAUAAGAGAAACUCGCAGUAUAUAACAUACAAAAACUCAAAUUUCCAUACUGAAUACUGACUUCUUCAACUGACUUCCAUAAUCAUAAUCAUUGUUAACAUUUAACUAUAAAGAAUUGCGCUUAAAAGACAAGUUUGUAGUACAUUUUGUUUUGUGGAAGAUAUAGUAUGUUCCCGACUCUUCACCUAGGUUCGAGACAGUCCUCCUCAUUUAUCUUUUAGCCAAGCCCGACAAAAACUUAAACACGUAACACUCUGUAUAAAUGCAAUCAGUUAGAUUUAUAAGAUGAAACCAACAAAAAAAAAAAAAAAAAAAGAAA